CUCCUUCUCUCACCUUCAUCCUUCCCUUCUCGAGUCAUCAUUCUCGUACACCGCGAAGAUGGCGCCUCUUUCUUCCCUUCUCUGCGCUUCACUCGCUUUUGCUGGCACCGCGAUCGCCAGCUCACUCAGUCCGAUUUACCCUCGCCAAAAUUCAACCACUCCCGACUGUCCAGGGUACCGUGCUACCGAUGUCAAGACUACGGCCAAUGGCCUUAGCGCUAAGCUCACCCUUGCUGGCAACCCAUGCAACGUUUUCGGGACCGAUCUGGAGGACCUGACGUUGACUGUCGAGUAUCAGACUGACGCUCGCCUUCAUGUCUUGAUCGAGGAUGCCGCACAGCAAGUCUACCAGGUUCCCGAGUCUGUCCUGACACGCCCAGUCGGUGCCACGGCCAAGAAUGGCUCUAGCGAGCUCAUCUUUGACUACGUCGAGUCGCCCUUCAGCUUCUCCGUCAAGCGGCGCAGCAGUGGCGAUGUUCUCUUCGACUCUUCCGCCGCAUCCUUGAUCUUCGAGGAUCACAAACUGAACACCACCGACUACACCCGCACCGCUUGGAACCGUGACGCUUACGGCGCACCACCAGGCUCCAACCUCUACGGCACCCACCCGGUCUAUUAUGAUCACCGCGGCGACAACGGCACCCACGCUGUCUUCCUCCUCAACUCCAACGGCAUGGAUUACAAGGUCAACAAUGAUGGCAACGGCACCAACGGCCAAUACCUCGAGUACAACCUCCUCGGAGGAGUGUUGGAUCUGUACUUCCUUGCUGGGCCAUCUCCAGUCGAGGCUGCCCAGCAGUACUCUGAAGUCGUGGGCAAAGCUGCCAUGAUGCCAUACUGGGGCUUCGGUUUCCAUCAGUGCAAGUAUGGCUACCGCGACGUCUAUGAGGUCGCGGAGGUCGUUGCCAACUACUCGGCCGCCAACAUCCCGCUGGAGACCAUGUGGACCGAUAUCGACUACAUGAAUUUGCGAUGGGUCUUCACCCUCGACGAGUACCGCUACCCGCUCAAGCUCAUGCGCCAGCUCGUCGAUACACUCCACUCGCGCGACCAGCACUACGUCGUCAUGGUCGACCCGGCCGUGGCUUACGAAGACUAUCCGGCUUUCAAUGAGGGCGUCGAGGCCGGCGCAUUCAUGGUCAGCGGGAAUGGCUCGGUCUACAAGGGUGUUGUGUGGCCUGGUGUCACCGCUUUCCCCGACUGGUUCCAUCCUUCGACCCAGGACUACUGGAACUCUCAGUUCACCUCGUUCUUCAACGCUGAUACUGGAGUUGACAUUGAUGCUCUUUGGAUUGACAUGAACGAGCCUAGCAACUUCUGCAACUACCCUUGCGCCGACCCUGAAGGUUACGCUGCUUCGAACGGCUUCCCGCCGCAACCACCAGCAAUCCGUCUUGGCUCGCCUCGUCCCAUUCCAGGAUUUCCGGCAGACUUCCAGCCGCUCUGCAAAGCUCAGGUGACAUUCAACGUCAACGCCAGCACCAACUUCGGCGAGAACAUUGUCGUAUUCGGCAGCGCCGUCACGAUCGGUAACGGCAGCGACAUCAAGGGUGCUGCACCAUUGAACGCCAACAACUACCCGAUCUGGAGCGCCACUGUUGACCUCCCUGUCAACACUCGUGUCUCUUACCAGUUCGUGCGCACUCAGACUGAUGGCUCGUACGUGUACGAGACUGGCUCCAACCGCACCAUCACAACCGGGGGAUGCAACAGCACCGUCCAGUCAACCAACGACAUCAUCACGACUUCUUCGCCAUCAACGGCGUCCAAGGUCCGCCGCUUCACAGAGUUCUCCCACAACGACCACAGCUUGCUGCACCACGCACGCCAGACUGCAGGCAACAAAAUCGGUCUCCCUGGCCGCGACCUGAUCGAUCCGGGCUACAAGAUCGACAAUGACGCUGGCAGCCUCUCCAACAAGACUGCGGACACCGAUAUCGUGCAAUACGGCGGCUACGUCCAAUACGACACCCACAACGUCUACGGUUCGCAGAUGUCUGUCGCUUCUCGCAAAGCCCUGCUCGAGCGUCGCCCUGCCCGUCGCCCCAUGAUCAUCACCCGCUCCACCUUUGCCGGCUCCGGCGCCAGCGUUGGAAAAUGGCUCGGCGACAACUACUCCUCCUGGGCCGCCUAUCUCGAGUCCAUCGUCGGCAUCCUGAACUUCGGCACGUUGUACCAAUCCCCCAUGGUCGGCGCCGACGUGUGCGGCUUCGGCGGCGACACCACCGAGAACCUCUGCGCGCGCUGGGCAAGCUUGGGUGCCUUCUCCCCCUUCUACCGCAAUCACGCGCAGAACGACGCUCGGUACCAGGAAUUCUACCUCUGGGAGUCCGUUGCUGAGUCCGCCCGUAACGCCAUCGAGAUCCGGUACAAGCUUCUCGACUACAUCUACACGGCGAUGUACUUCCAGUCCGAGAAGGGCACCCCGCUCAUCCAGCCCAUGUUCUUCCACUACCCUCUCGACUCGGCGACGUUUGCUCUCGAUAAGCAAUACUUCUGGGGACCUGGUCUGCUCGUGGCUCCGGUCACCGUGGAGAACGCUACGUCCGCUACGUUCUACCUGCCCGACGACCUCUUCUACGACUACUACACCCACGAGGCUGUCAAGGGUACCGGCGCCGACAUCACUCUCCCUGAUGUGCCGUUCACCAGUAUCCCGUUGUACUACAAGUCGGGCGUCAUUUUCCCGCAACGUGUCAACUCCGCCAAUACCACUACCGAACUCCGCGAGCAAGACUUCGAGUUGGUGAUUGCGCUUUCGGAGGCCGGCACUGCUGAGGGCGAUCUCUACCUCGACGAUGGCGACUCGCUUGUGCAGGCUAGCACUUCUCUCAUCCAUUUCGAGUAUGCGGAUGGCAAGCUUGAGAUUACUGGUACUUUUGAGUAUGACAUUCAGUGCGCUAUCACGAAGAUCACGGUGUUGGGUGCUGCUGGGGGCGAUGGCACGACUAGCAGGAUUGUGCAGCCGGAUGUCAAUAUUGCGUUGACGGGGAGCUACAGUGGGAGUGUGGAGAAGAGGGAUGAAUGUGAAUAA